CUCUUCACUCCAGAACCAGUAAUUGUGAACUGAACAGUCAUAUCUAAGAUUAUAGUUGCUUACCUGUGAUACCAGCGAAGGUCCUGUGGCAGCACAUUUCAUAACUCAGUCACUGAUUGCAGUCUAUGGGAUCAGACAACUUGCAUUACGGGGUAAGUGGUAUCAUGCUUGUAUUUCGUCGUUGUUGGCCUGCAGAAUUGGAAACGAUUGGUAUUAACUUUCGGUUAGUUUAAGUUGUGAACCACUAAUAUAUAGAAAUAUAUAGACCUAUUAAGAAUUCAGUUUACAUCUGUGGUUGAACAAUGCCAAAGAAUGAAUUCAGUCUAUGGGAGGAAGGCUCAGCUGUACCGGAGAGAACGUAAUUCACUGAUUGGUCUGUCUGCAUAUUCUGUUUGUAAAUAAAUGCUGCUAUAAAUGAAGCCGUAUCAGGGCAAAAGAAGCGAAGUACGAUGUCGGGUGGGAAUGGACUUUGCCGAUUUCCGCCUACGCUGACAUCAUCCCGUUUAUCGGCGUUGGAGACUCAAAUGGGACACGUGACGGGCAGAGUCAAUGGGUCACGCGGAAACUGUACAUCGACUUCCACCCUCCCCAUUAAUAUCACAGCUGAAGUAAACUCCUGCGUGGCACAUAGCACCAAUUCGAGUCUAAUUUCCAGUCUAAUUCUGUAUUCUCCCUCUCAAACUUUAAUUCAAUUCGUCUCAGUAUGAUGUACACGAUGGCUCGUGUGGUUCUAGUGUCUUUUGCUUUACUCGCGUUGGGCUUGUUGAGGGCCGUGGCCGAUUAUCCGUACAAAACCAUGUAUUUCGACCAGAUUAUCGACCAUUUUAACUUCAAGACUUACGGAAACCAGACCUUCAAGCAGCGAUAUUUAGUCACGGAGGACUACUGGGCUGGUGGCUCCCAUCCAGUUUUCUUCUACACGGGAAAUGAGGCAGACAUCACAAUAUUCCUCAAGAACACCGGCUUCCUUUUCGACAUCGCACCCAGAUUUGGCGCCCUGGUCAUUUUCGCCGAGCACCGUUACUACGGGGAAUCCCUGCCCUUUGGGAACCAUUCUUACACUGCAGACAACGUUGGCCUCUUGGCCAUCGAGCAGGUCCUUGCAGACUAUGCUACACUGAUCCAAGGCGUCAAGAAACAACUCCACGCAGACAACGCACCGGUCAUCGCGUUCGGAGGGAGCUAUGGAGCAAUGCUGAGUGCUUACCUCCGAUUCAAGUAUCCCAACGUUGUGAGGGGAGCUAUUUCCUCCGGAGGUCCCAUCUACUCAGCUGCCGGUAUUGGGUCCCAGACUUACUACUUCGAAGAUGUCACCAAAGUCUUUGAUUCUGUAGAAGCUUCUCCAAAGUGUGUUCCAACAAUAAAGGAAGGAUUUUCCACGAUUGCUUCCUUGGCCCAGCAAGGUCAACCAGGUCUGCCCCCGUCAUUUUGUCAUUAUUUUGCCGAUCUCCUAGAGAAUUAG